AUGGAAAAGAUGUGUCUCCUUUUUUCCUAUAGAUGUGCUGGGCUGGGUCUUGAAGGAUGUGCAACAAAUGGGCCCAAGAUCCCCUCCAUUGCCACCGGGAUUGUGGGUGGCCUCUUCUUGAUAGUGUUGCUGGCUCUUGGGAUCGGCCUCUUUAUGAGAAGGCGCCACAUUGUCCGAAAGCGCACGCUGCGCCGCCUGCUGCAGGAGAGAGAGCUCGUGGAACCUCUCACACCCAGCGGAGAAGCUCCCAACCAAGCCCUCCUGAGGAUCUUAAAGGAAACAGAAUUCAAAAAGAUCAAAGUUCUGGGCUCUGGAGCAUUUGGCACAGUGUAUUCAUGUGAAAAGCAGUAUUGA